GCAGUGUCGGCGCGUUAGGAAAACGCAACUGAUCAACGUCGUCCGGGAUACCGCCAGACCAGGAUACAAGCCGACGUGUUUCUCGAUAUCGCAACGAGUCACGUCGAUGCACGGACGACGUUUCUAUUUAUAACAUAUUCCCGAUUCUUUCGGCAUCGUCUGCCAAGUAUUUUGACGUAAGACCAAGCCGGACGUACGUGAUUUCGCGUCAUCGAGGUAAAGAACACGCCGUGUGGGGAUCGCGUCUCCGAUCUUUCCGCACGGUCGUUCCGCCGAGGGUUCUUCCGACUCCUCUCGCUCGCCACCCGCGAGAACGUUUCGCGUCCGUUCUCGUCCGGUUUCCCCCCGAGGAAGUCCAGGAGUCGUCGCGCGGAGUGCGCGGACGGUGUCAGCUGUGCGGUGAGGUUAAGUCUCAUAUAGUCUCGCGGUCAUAGUCCCGCACUCUCUCUCUCGAGAGAGAACGCCUCGCGCGAGGGGAACGACGAUGUCGCCCGGUAUCAACGGCGGCGGCGGCAGCGGUGGAAACAGCGGCGGAAGCAGCGGCGGAGGCGGAGCCCCCCGCAACACGGGCACCCUGCCGAAGAGCAAUCGCAGAAACGACAGGAACCGGGAGCGAUCCGCGGCUAAUCGGCAGCUCGCGAACCGCCCGGCUUAUUACGGCUAUCCGCACUUUAAUAACUUGUGUCAGCUGGACUGGCAAGUAGCAAGUGAAUGCGAGCGUGAACCAAGAGUACCGAGGGAAACGAAGAACAGCAACACGAGAUCAGCUUCUUCUCAACUGCUUUCUUCAUACUUUGCUACGUACCAAGACUUACCUGAUUUUGCAUCGCACAACUCGGCGAGACAGUGCAAUUACAGUACAGAAGACUACACCCCUUGGCUAAAAAUGGUACCAUUUUCUGAUCCCAGAACUCAGUCACCGUCGCGAUUACAGGGAACGAAGCCCUCCAAUGUGAAUAAGAUGCCCGAUAGAAACCAAGUAGAAAGUCGUUUAAAUCAGAUCAGAGACUACAUCAGAGUCACUGCAACAAUGAUAGACUCUCUUAGUCAAUCCUCUGAUCCUCGCGCACAAGCUCAGAGCGAAAAGUUAAGUAGAAUGGUGGACGAUCUUCACGACAGUGAGACUAAGCUCUCCAAAUUGUUGGAGCAGUAUCAUAAUCAUGGAAUUUCUGACGAGAACGGCGAAAAUGGAGAAAUAGAUGAAUGCGGCGAUGCUAACAGAGAGAUCCAAUUACGGAGGAAUAUGGAAGAAUAUCAGAACAAACUCGCGCAGUUGCAAGAGCAGCAAGCCAACUUGGCGGACAUGCAGAUGUGCGUCAGAGAAAGAUUGAACAAGGCGCGUCAGGCGCAGCAAAUGCUUCUGCAACAGGAGAAUCAGAAUACGCCCAAUUCCGCUACGUGGGAAGACAACCGUGCAUCCCUUCCGAGUCCUUCUAAUGUCGAGCAACUUGAAUCGGAAACUGCGGUAUUGCGAGGCAAAUUGGUGCAACUACAGACAAAGAAGAAACAAAUGGAUCAUCUUGUAGCGGAAUUACAAGCCAUAGAGACGUCCGAUAGAGGCAGUUGUAGCUCGGAAGGUUCAAGAAACACAAUGAAGGAUAAAGCCGCGGAAUUGGAGACGAUGAAAGCGCAGCUUGCACAUAUAAAGGCUCUAAUGGAAGACAGUACGAAAAUUCGCGAUUCUAUCGACUCUUUUUCCGAACCCGAGCAGGAUAUCGACGCGCACGAUGAAAAUGGAACAGAUGGGAUUACCGAGGAUAUGGCAAACGUUCCGUUUGAGAGAAGCAAUGAUGUCAAUCAAAAACUUCGAUGUUUCGAGUCCAACAUUUCAGAUAUACGGGCGCUGACGUCAGAGCUUAAAGAACAAUCGGCCUUGCUACAAACUACGCGAGCCGAAUUGCAACAACGUUUGAAACAACCAUUGUCUGCAACUGCUCACCCUGCUUCUUCGAACUGCUCGUUCUCUCGUCCACCUCCAGCGCUUGUACCUCUAAGCGCAAACGAAAAGAAGCAGAGUUGUAAUGCCAGUACGGAGAGUCAAUCUAAACAAGCAAAAAGAAGUCAACUUGAAGAUCUUAUAAGAAAGGAACCAACACAGCCUUCCAAUAUGAAUCGGGAUAUUCAGGCGUUAGAUCAAAACAGUCAAAGGAGCUCCGGUUCGCAAGCUAGUCAUACCAGCACACCUGCAAAUAUCUGGCCAUCUUCUGCCGCUGCAGGUGCAGGAGGUUCUAACGAGCAGAGCGUAGACGGUGUAUCUACGUCAGAAAAUUUAUUGGAUAUCGGUCCACCUGCUGCUAUCGAGAAUGGCGGAGUUGUUGGAAAUUUAUGGGCCUGCCCUGUACCACCUCCGUCUAUUAAUCAAGGACAAACUGCCACGGUCGAGUAUUAUCGGCAAUUAUUAUUGGGUUCACAAGCUCAUCAGUUGCAAAUGAUGGGUACGACGAUGCAACAGUGCUGUCAGCUUCUGUGGUCGCAGCAACGCGAAUUGCAAUCCAUGCGCGCUGCCAUUGCCGAUUUGCAGCUGCGAUCACAAAAUCAGGCUCCGCAACGCGCCAACAAUGCUGAAAAUUUGGAGGAACAUUCUAAUCUGAGCCGUAGCGUCCACAAUCUCGGCGACACGUUGGACGCGACCUUACCUCCCAGUUCAUCCUUACCGAAUCUCGUGUCGCUACCUAAUUCCUCAGCGGCAUUAUCGCAUACUCCGAUAGUUAGCUCUAACUCGCAGCAGCAACAGCAGCAACAAUUGAACAAUCAAGUUCCUCCUGGUAAUAGAGCGAAUAACUACUGGGAUAAUUUUCGAAGUUAUUCUCGACAGAAUCUGCUCUCAGGAAAUGUGAAGACAAUGACUGAUCUUCCAACGGCUAUAGCAAAUUCGGCGUGUUCCGCAAACACGACUAAUACAAGCGGAAGCAGCGUUAACAGUUCGUUAAUAAAAGAUAAGCGGAAUCGAGAACAGGGGUCUGACAACUUACCUCUACCAUUAAUCGGCGCGGAAACGCAAUAUUCAUUGAACCUACAAUUGCCAAAUUUACAAUUGUCAAAUUUACAACAACAGGAUAGAGAAAACGCUACUAUCCGCAGUAAUAUCAUAGCAAAUGAGGUGUCUCAACAAGUCGAUAAUCUUUGGGAGGAAGCUCACAGUUCUUUCCGAUUACCGUCUGCGAUGAACGAUGAUAAUCUUUUUAAUAAUUCAAGUUCAGAAAUGAAGGAGGCAAUCAGUUCGCUCAUCGCAGUGAACAGGAGGCGACCCGAUUACUUAAUAAUUAUUUUGAGAGAGAUUAAGGCUAUUAGCGAGGAUCACAGAUUACGACCUCAUUUGUUAAGAUCGUUACGUGCAUUACAGGACAAACAAACAUUAAAUAAUCCAUUGAACGAAGCACCUGACUUAACUCCAAGCGAAAGUUGUCAGUCUAGCGAUGAAGACUCGGAUAUCGGUGCGACCUUUACUUUGGAAAAUCAUGCGUCCAUGAUGGAAUUGGUUGCGACGUCUCAUGUAGACACUGCCUCUUCUCCAGCUUCGUCUCAAGUACCAUUAAUAGAACAUUUGGAAAUAACGGGAGCAUUUCCACUUGACUCUGCGAGUGCUGUCCCUUCCGCUUCUAAUGCUAAACCCGGUUAUAACGAGGAUUUAGCGGAAGCCGAUCAAUCGAGACCUGAAGCUUCGGGAAAUCAAAAACUUCCUAUUAGCCAUAUGGAUAACGAAGAAGGGCAAGAAGAAGCAGCGUCUUAUCCGAUUACUGCAGAGGCAGCUACUCCUGAUCUUGAAAGUCUAGCUGCCAAAACUGAAGACGAAAGAGCGGAGGAUACCGGACUUGACAAUUUUUUCAGAUUGCAUUGAUUAGAUUGAUUGAUUGUGUGAUACGAUACUAUUUACAGCUAUUUUAAGCGCGAUAUUAAAAAGAAAGUAGACACGUACAGUAAUCUUUGAUAAGGUAUUUACUUACUACUGCUUCCGUUUACAUAAAUAUUGACUAAUAAGUGAAGUCUGAUAUGAAUAGCAAAAGAUGUGAAACAUUUAAAGCUCUCGCUAAUAUGCCUUCAGAUUAGAAGGGUACGCAGGCGAGAUCAAUUAUAAAAAUAAGUUUACAUUAUAUAAACACGUAUUACACCAAUUUAUGCAAUGAAUACAUAUAUACAAUCCUCAAGGAGAUAUGAAAUCGACUAGCGUAAAAAAUGCGAACUAUGUAGAUAUUGGCACGUGGAUAAAAAUCCCAUAAGGUUUAAUUAUUUACGUCCUAUGUAUCAUUUAUAAUUAUAUUUAAACAAUGAUUAUUUAUAAGAAAAAUAUGCUUGUUUUACAAUUGAGCCAUUAAAUUGCGGUAUUACAUAAUGAGCGUUUUGCGUUUUGCAUAAGUAAGCGAACAAUAAUCUAUGAUAAAUUUUUACAAUGGACUAUUUAAUGAACAAUACCAGUGACAUGAAACAGGGUAUUCUGAAUAUGUCCAUAUUCUGAACUCGUUGAGCUAUAGAAGCUUUAAACUCGGGAGAAUACGGAGUCUAUUCCCCAAUUAAGAGAUCUAGUAAGGAACCUAUUUUAGUCCAACAGUUAAUUAUCACCCAAUCACAAUUGAGAACUCUCUCAAGGCUUUUAAAACUUAAAAAAAUAUAUCGAUUUGCUUACUCUGUUUCAGUUCGCUAGUUUUCUUAUUAAAACGAUCGCAUAUUUAACAGUUUAAGGGGAUUAUUUUUAUUUUUAUUUACUGA